AGAUACUUAAAGUGAAACAUAAAACAAUGUAUGCAGCAUUGAUAAUUUCUUGUUUCUCUGUCGUGGAAAUUUAUUCCGCAUCUAUACACAAGAGGUCUUGUUCUGUACAAAUUGAUGCCGACUUUGUCACUGAGAAGUUUCUUGGUGACUGGUACAUGGUGAAAAGAAAGCCAACAGGAGCUAAUAAGAUAACUGUAGAGAAAUACGCGUGGCAUGUAACGAAAGGGCAGGGUAAUGUCCUUAACGUCAGACAAACUGGAAGAUUUACAAUUGAUGGAGUUUACAGACCCUGUUUUAACAAAAGUGCAACUUUGACUCCAGGCGAGAACAAUGGGGAGUUUGUCUGGGAAUCAAAAACGAAGGUUUCGAAUGCUGACAUUGCGAUCAUCAAGAUGGAAGAAAAUUUAGCGUUUGUGAACAUGUGUGUGCCUAAUAAGAAGGAUGGGAAAUGUGGUUCUUUUGUUCUUGCUCGAGAUGACAGUCCAAGUGAACAAGAAAUUCAAGCUAUAGACACAGGAAUCAACACAGAGCUCUGUGAGGACAGUUCCAAAUUCGAUAACCUUAUAAAGCAAGAUGUCGAAAUAUGUCCAUAGUCUCUCGAUGUUCUCCUGCUAUAUACUUGUCCUACAUCUGUACAUAUUCUUUUGUAUUUAACUAGUUUUAGUGAAUCCAAUGUUAU